AUGAUUUCUUCUUUACGCAUCCUCACUAGCGUCACAGUUCUAUUGUGCGCUACUUUCCUCCGGCUCGUCGUUGCGGAUAACCCUAUCAAUCCAGGGUUUCCUUAUGGAUCGGAGAAGGUCAGAGGAGUUAAUCUUGGAGGAUGGCUCGUCCUCGAGCCGUGGAUAACGCCAUCAAUCUUCGACAAUACCGGUAACCCCAACAUCGUCGAUGAAUACACGUUUGGUCAAAUGCAGGAUCACGGAACAGCAUUGGCUGUACUCCAAAAUCAUUGGAACACAUGGAUCACUGAAUCUGACUUUGAAGCUAUCGCUGCUGCUGGCCUCAAUCAUGUUCGUUUACCAAUCGGAUUUUGGGCAUUCGACGUUUCUGGUGGGGAACCUUACAUUCAAGGUCAACUACCCUACCUCCAGAACGCGAUCACUUGGGCGGGGAAUCAUGGUUUGAAGCUGAUUAUAGAUCUUCAUGGCGCACCUGGCAGUCAGAACGGAUUUGACAACUCUGGAGAGCGCCUUUCAUUCCCGACAUGGCAGGAGAACGAGUCGAAUGUUCAACGAACAGAUGCGAUCAUUAUGACUAUUGCCAACAUGGUCAAAGAUAACACGAACGUUGUACCUAUAAUUGCCCCUUUGAACGAACCUGCAGGAUAUGAUGGCAGCCAGAUGCUCGACGUAGUGACACAGUAUUGGUAUGACAGCUACGGCAAUAUAAGAUUUCCUUUCGGCACUUCACAAGAAAGCAAUACGGUCGUACUCCUCCAUGACGCGUUCCAGCCUCUCAGUUUUUGGAGUGGAUUUCAAACCCCUCCACAAUGGCAAGGCGUAGCCAUGGACACGCAUAUCUAUCAGAUGUUUUCUCAGGAGCUGGUAUCGCAGACUGAUGCUCAACACAUCCAAACGGCUUGCAACUAUCAGAACAGCCUCGCAUUCGAUUUGUGGCUCAUUGUCGGUGAAUGGACCCCUGCUCAAACGGAUUGUGCAAAGUAUUUGAACGGCAGAGGUAUUGGGGCUCGAUACGACGGAUCCUUCUCCGGCUCUACUUUCGUUGGUAGCUGCACCGGUCUCACUGGCUCCGCUUCAACCUUCAGUUCAGCUUUCAAAACGUUUCUCCGCCAGUACUGGGAAGCCCAGGUAAUUGCUUAUGAAAGAGGCGGAAGCGGCUGGAUUCAAUGGACGUGGAAAGCUGAGAAUGCUGAUGAGUGGACUUACCAAGCAGGUUUGGCGAAUGGAUGGAUCCCACAAGAUCCAACGGACUUCAUGUUUCCGGAUAUCUGUGGAUAA